AGUCUCGCACCGGAAAUUAACAUUUUUAGCUCGGCUAGCAUGACGGUUUGGCUCGAACUUCAACCACAAGUUCAAGUAGCCGGAGGGCAAGUUUAUUCUGUUUGUCAGCAGUUCACACCGAUAAAGAGAGUUGAGGAGGAGUGUCCUAAUCCAACGUCCACCAAAAUAAAGACUUGAAGGUCCCGUUCAACAAGUAACUACGCUCAGUGAGUUGGCAGUUGGACAGUUUCUCUCGCGGAAAUGAAAACUUAACGGUGGCUGAAAGUAUGCUGGAUGAAGUUGAAGUCGUCAUACGGAAACGGGACGAGGCGGUUGAAAGGCAAAGGGUCACCUCAGCAGCAGCAGCAGUAGGUGCCAGCCGAGUGCAGCUCCUCGGGGCAUGAAACCUCAACUCAGCGGCUUUGCACCGAGGAAGGAAGCAGCGACACGAUGGCAGCCUGCGGAAGAAGAAAUCGACCCAAGUUACUUUUUUUCCUCUUCGGUGCCACUUUGCUGGGAUACCUAAUAUUUUUCAGACACAACUCCGGGGACGUGAGCGGGACGAAACGACGAGAGGCCACCGGGGGGGAGGAGGUAGAAGGGGGAGAGGUGGAAAAUGAAAAGCUUAAGAAGCCCGUCUACGAGAAACCCCCCUUGGAUUUAAAUGCCCUGGGUGAAAUGGGGAGAGCUGUCAAACUGAACCUGAACGGAGAAGAGAAAAGGAAAGAGCAGGAAAGUCUCAAAAAGAAUCAGAUUAACAUUUAUGUCAGUGACAGAGUGUCUCUACACCGCAGGCUGCCUGAAAGAUGGAACCCACUGUGCAGAGAGCUUAAAUAUGAUUACCGGUCCUUACCAACAACGUCUGUGGUGAUCGCCUUCUACAAUGAGGCCUGGUCCACCCUGCUGAGGACGGUCCACAGCGUCCUUGAGACGUCCCCCGACAUCCUGCUGAAUGAGGUGGUGCUGGUGGACGACUACAGCGACAGAGCUCAUCUGAAGGAGCCAUUGGAACGGUACCUCGCGGGCUUGAAGAAGGUGCGUCUGGUGCGCGCCACCAAGAGAGAGGGUUUGGUGCGGGCCCGGUUAUUAGGGGCGUCCAUUACCACGGGCGACGUGCUGACCUUCCUGGACUGUCACUGCGAGUGUCAUGAGGGCUGGUUAGAGCCCUUGCUCCAAAGGAUCAAAGAGGAGCCGUCGGCUGUGGUGUGUCCUGUCAUCGAUGUGAUCGAAUGGAACACUUUCCAGUAUUUAGGCAACUCUGGUGAACCUCAGAUAGGAGGGUUUGAUUGGCGGUUGGUGUUUACCUGGCACCCUAUCCCAGAGUAUGAGCAGAAACGCCGUCGCUCACCCACUGAUGUCAUCAGGUCUCCCACCAUGGCAGGUGGUCUGUUUGCUGUGAGAAAAGACUACUUCCAUUACCUCGGGACAUAUGACACAGGGAUGGAAGUGUGGGGAGGAGAGAACCUGGAGUUCUCUUUCAGGAUUUGGCAGUGUGGGGGCAGCCUGGAGAUCCACCCAUGCUCCCAUGUGGGCCAUGUGUUCCCUAAAAAGGCCCCUUACUCGCGGAGCAAAGCCCUGGCAAACAGCGUGAGAGCUGCUGAGGUCUGGAUGGACGAAUUCAAAGACAUCUACUACCAUCGAAACCCCCACGCGCGACUGGAGGCCUUUGGAGAUGUGACAGAACGGAGGAAGCUUAGAGAGAAGCUGGGCUGUAAGAAUUUUAGGUGGUAUCUGGAUAACGUUUACCCCGAUAUUCACGUCCCAGAGGAUCGGCCAGGCAUGUUUGGAAUGCUUAAGAACCGGGGUAAGAUCAACUACUGCUUUGACUACAAUCCUGUAGAUGAGCAUGUCGUGGUGGGCCAGAGAGUCAUCCUCUACCUAUGUCAUGGCAUGGGUCAGAACCAGUUCUUUGAAUUCUCCAUGGACGGUGAGAUCCGCUACAACACGAGGGAGCCUGCUGGGUGCGUUGUGGGUGACAACAUCAGCACCUACCUGACUGUCCAGCUGUGCAGAAAACGAGGCCAAGUUGUACCCGAAGAUCAGAAAUUUGUCUUCCGAGAGGAUGGGACUCUGCUUCAUGUGAUGAGCCAGAAGUGCGUCCAGGCAGUAGACCAGACGGACAAUGGGACACCAGCCCCCUCACUCCAGCCCUGCUCUGACAGCCCCUUCCAGAAGUGGUUCUUCGAGGAGAGAAUGUAAUGGCAAUCAAUGCCACCUGAAUAUACAUACAAAUCUAUUUUUCGUUCAGGGCCAAUAUGCUUUGGGAGAGAUAUUAGUGGAUUGAAUUUCUAAGUGUUUUUUUUUUUUAUAUGUGUGCCUUGCCCUGAAAAGAGCCCAAAGGAGGAAGCUUCUGUGCUCUCUCCCAAACUUCAACUUUUGCACUUUUUUCUUCCAGCUGGAUUUAAUGGAUCAAUAGGAAAUUAUGCUGAUAAGUACUUACUUUCUGAAGUAUUUUGUAAAUGUUGCUGGGAGACAGGAGCCUAGUGGAAUAUGCAUUGUUUUUCUAAUCAAGGAGACGCUUGACAUUUUUCUUAAUUUUCAUUUACCUACUCCACUGCUGUCGAAGUUCAGUUUAGCUCACAUGCUUUAUGCACACAUGGACAAACACUGAAACACGUGUGCAUCCUUCUGAAAGAAAACAACUGCUCAAUACCUCUGUUAUCAUACCCUUUAAUGAGCCGGCGGCUGGUCUCUCAGUGAUUUUCAGUCACAUCAUGAAGCAUUUUGGAACAUUUGCAUCCUCUCCUGUAGAGGGGGCCAACGCGCCUCUCUGCACUUUCCUUUCUGUCACUGUGCUUUCUGUUUGUCAGGAGGAAAGUGGGACAAAUCUUCAGGUAUUUUGUUAAGAACCUUUUCAGGACAUUUCGAGUGCUUGCUACUCUUACAUACAGGUGGCUUAGAGAAAAGCCGUAGAUCACAGGCAUUAUGCAAGUACCUUGCAAAUCUUGAACUUAAUCACCUAACUACUGAUAACACGAGAAACUCCAGUCUUAAUUCUGUUCUGCUUUUACUGAGGUAAUUAUGAAAUGCAAAUUCAGUUGAGGUAAAAUGACAUGGGUCAUUUUGUAGCUUUUGUAGUCAUUUUUGUAAAGAGAAAACAAAAAACAUUCAACAGUAUAUCAGUCCUCCGCAGCUUCAAGACUAAAUCAUAGCCAUAUUUAAUGGAUUUAAUUCAUGUGGUGUCAACUAUGUUUGUUUUAAAUGAUGUAUUUUGUAGAUGACCCUAAAUUACUGUGUUAUUUCAUAGUGUCAAUGCAGACAUGUCUGAAUUGUAGUCAUAAAUAAGUGGGAAGUUAUUCAUUUUAAUGUUGGUGGGUACAAAUGUAUAAACACUGAAAUUGCAAGAUUAGGGUCCUCCUCCUCAUCUUACUUGUCCACUUGGAGCCCGUAGAAAGUGCCUGAUGUAAAAUGAUAAUAAUAAUAAUAAUAAUAAUAAUAAUAAUUCUAUUUUAAGAUAGCCCUUCACAUUAAUAGGAUCAUGAGGAAUGCUCUUGAACUGAAUGUAUAUUAUAUCACACGAUGAGACAGAAAGAGAGCGUUGUUAUGACAGAGUGCCUGCACACUUGGAGUACACACGCGCCCCUCCUGAAAAUAUGCACAGGAGAGGAGGCAUUCCCUUGAGUGAAUGCAUAUUACUCUGGUGGGUUGUACUGAUUUCCACACACUGCUUCUGGUUCUAUCCGUCAGACUUAGACGACUAUAGAUCCUUCUGUUCAGAGCCGUGGUCACUCCUGUGGCUGCCCCUCAGGCUAUGCUAGGGGAAUAACGGGGUGGGGGGGGGGUGCAGAGACACAGUGGUGGAGUAGACAGUUGUUGGUGUCUCCAGAGUGCUGGCAACGGCAGAUGGCUCCCUGAUUGAUUUUCUGGUCCUCUCCCAAUUCUUUAUCACCACCUCUGCCUGUCCCUGUGUCAGAGGUGUGCAGCGGAGGACUUAUCUUUUGGAUUCCCGCCAGCCAUAUCCUCCUCAGACAAGCACUCGUACACUUGUGUGUGCUUGAGGUUUGAUUUAUGAACGGAAGUCAUCAAGAGUACAGUUUUUGACAGCAGAAGCAGAUAAUGGAGGAGGCUGAAUGAAGCAAUUUGUGACCUCUUCCUUACCAUUAACCUUCACAGGCUGUUGGCCUAUCAGUCUCAAAGGAGCUCUGUUAGGAAUUGAUGUUUGGGGACGAUCGUACUGAAAUAGAUUUUUGCUAUUGAUUCAGAAUGUAUACUCACAACAAGAUAAAUGGGAGAUGGGAAAAGGCGAUUUUGUCAGUACCUCAGCUGGAAAUUGAGUAGAAUCACUAUCCCUUCCUUUGCCAAAUUUGGUGAAUGUGCAGUAAUGUGAAAUGGUGAUGUUGUGCAGGAGCAUGGUAAACAUCUGUGUAUAUUAGCUCACUUAGUACAAGUCUAAAGAUGUACGAUGUGCAUUACUUAUCACUUGCAGUUGUAUUGCAGAGUGCAGAGCAGUGUAAAAGAGUAUGAUGAGAUAGCUAUACUGAGUAGGAUGAAGGCAUCAAAUUAAUUCUAAGCAUAUUGAAAUAUGGAGUAAUUCCUAGGAGUUAAAAUUCCCACUGGUCCAGAAAGGCUUUUGCUGGCAAUAUGAGUGGGACAUGAUUGUGGAGACAAUGCGUAGUAAUAAAUGGAAUGGACCAAAUGACCAGUAGGAAGAUUAUGGUCAGCUUCACAAAGGGAGGGGAGGGGCAGCUGUCUAAGCACUGUCUAAUGGGUCAGUGAGCCAGAUGUGUGUGUGAUGACAGUGCUUGAUUUUGGUCUUAGUGCACCAUAUGCUGGGGGAGAGAGUCUUAAUGCCAGGUUGUUUGAAAGCAUUUCCAAGCCGUGCGUGGUCCCCUGGCAAUCCCUGCACACUCUUGAUGGCUGAGCUUUCCAUGAUUUAAGACUUAAGAAAAGCUGCUUCAGUGAGAAUCAUCCGUGAGAGAUCAGUUUCACCAGGAACAGGUGAAAUCGCUCUUUUAAUACAGUGCUCAUGCUUUAUGCAUCAAACACUUAGGAAGUGACAGCUUUUCCAUUUCCUUCAGUUUGUGUCUUCAGCACGUGAGUGCAGUAUAAAUAUUCUAUGCUAUUAUUAAAAAGACUUAUUUAUUGUUCUCUGCGGCCAUCUGUUAUUCCAGACACGUCCUGCAUAUGGCAUAUCCGGCAUUAUAUUGUAUGCUAAUUUGAUAUUGUACACCCAGCUGCAAUAAAACUGAUACCCGGCAGUUGGGGAUCAUAUCUCUCUGGCAGGUCAUAUAGGACGUUUAUAUCAACCAAACCUGCAUCGUAAACAGUGGUGAUAUUCCAGGGAUCUGUCCGAGCACUUGAACCUGUAAAAGUGGCUGAUUGCACUGUCACCCAUCUCUAAUGGACGAAGCACAUCUUGUAUUUAUGAUGGUAAACAAUUCCCAGUGGUGAUGUUUUAGUUAUUUAAGUGGUAAACAUGCACAAAUAAUAAUGCUGGAAUUCAACACUACGUCUGGCGUGUUAAUGCUGUUAGUAACUCCAGUGGCCUUACAUUGUUAUUAGGAAAGUGAAGGAAUUAACAUUAUUAUUAUUAACAUUAUUUUUGUAUUUGCUGGAUCCCAUAAAUGGACCAUAUCUGAUGUCAGUGUACUCAUUUAAUUGCUGUCAUUGAGAUUCAGAAUAAGUAAAUGCAUAAGUAAUGUUGGACAUGUGUACUGCCUGUGCUUGCUCAUUGUGUUUUUUAAUGUUCAGUUUUACUUUUUUUUAAUGUGAAUAAAGAUUGGAAACCCG